AUAAUGGGACGCUUCGGGGCGCAAAGUACAGGACUUCCUUAGGUAUCCUGAUGCGGGACUAAGGCAACAGUGUUAGUAUUGCUGUCUAACAGUGUGUAGUAACUGAAUAACAAGGACUCCGCUGAGAGUCGGUGGAAUUGCGGACAACAGCGCAUUUAUUAAACGUGGUAGGUGUCUGGAAGACGAUCUUCCUCCUGCGGUUUAAUACAAAAAAGCACUGAAAAGCCUCCGGUUCUUGGCUCGCCAUUCACCUGUGGUGCAGAACGUCGUAUUUCUUCUGCUGUCCUGUCUUCUCAAGGGUAACAACUCGGAAGACCCGCCCAGCUGUUUUUAGCAUUGGCUGGCCCCCAGUGUUUUUACUCCCCAUCCUUCUCCGCGAUUGGUUCGAAACAACAGCAGUCAACCGCGCCUUGCCCACCCCAGCACUACUAACAAGGUGAAAAUGACUAAAAAAGUUCUGGAAUCAUUUGCCACUCCGGGCUCGUGGGAGGGAGGCUGCCGGCGCUGUGACUGAGCUAGCGAACCCGGAGCCGCUUGCUGGAAGAGGCAGAUGCGCGGCGGUGCGGUCGCCACGGUGGAAAGUGCUCAGCAGGAUUGUGGGACAGAUUGAGAACAAUCCUCCGGAAAAAAACACACACACGGGCAUUCCGAGUAUUACACACAACAGCACUGCCUGCGCCGGCCGUGCCCAUUUCACAGGAAUGCGGCUGCUGCCAAGUUAAAAACGAACAGGUGCGUUGGACGCGAGUGACGGAAGGUUUGUUGUAGGCGCGGGGCAAUAAUAACGUGAAGCUCAGUUUGAAGUUGGAAGUGUUUUCUUCCUAUGCCCCUGCUACACCUCCAGCUGAUAUAGUUUGCAGGUGCUUUUGGAAUUCCGGCGAAACUGUUAAAGAAAUUGCGUGGACUUGGCGUAGUGACAGCAGUCCGAUUCAUUAAUCAGAUCGUUUGAUCAGGUUGAGGCCAGUGACUACCUUGUAAACAGCGACAAGAAACUGAGCCGAUCGAUUGUUAAUUCCUUCUUUGGAUAGGACAUUUGCUCAUUGGAGUACAGAAAUCAGCUAUUUGCAUUUAUUCAUUGUUUUUUUUUAUGUCUAAGAAUAUAUACACAACGCCGUGAGAAGCAUCGCUGGAGAUCAAUAUAGACAGGAUCGGACAUGCACGACUGAUUGAAAAUAAUGAUCUUCUGGCAGCAUAAUAUUAUUUUAAUUUGUUUCAUUGCAAUUUGAAAUUUUAAAUGGGAAGGCUGGAUUAUUUACGUGCUGCUUCAGCGAGCCACAAGCUUGAAUGAUAGCAUUUUAUUUACAAUGAGUGACGGUCGGAGCACAGAUGAUUAUCCGUAGCUAAAAUUAUAUAAAUAAAAUAAAUAUUAAAAUCUUCACUAUUGGAGGAAUGGAAUUAAGAGACAACAGGAGGCUUACUUCGUUUCGCAAUCAACAUAAUGCAAUUCUAAUCUUUUGUUUAAGCGUGUCGUAGGGAACUAGAAAAUCAAGUAAACAAACAAAACGCGACUUUGCUUUUUGAAAGCUUUUAACGGGGAGUAAAACAACAUGUCCAAAACAUUGAGGAAGAAGAAACACUGGUCCAGCAAAGUUCAGGAGUGCGCGGUGUCCUGGGGCAGCGCCGGUGAGUUCAGCUCGGUGGUGGAGGUCCUGGGGGGAGCGGAGCUCGGCGAGUUCCCCCACCUGGGCCAGGUGAAGCUGGAGGCGGUUGUCUGUCACUCCGGGAAGCUGCCGAGCCCCGGGGACGUGCUGCUGGAGGUGAACGGAACCCCGGUGAGCGGACUCACGAACAGGGACACGCUUGCAGUUAUCCGCCACUUUCGGGAGCCGAUUCGUCUGAAGACCGUCAAGCCAGGGAAGGUGCUGAACACCGACCUGCGCCAUUACCUCAGCCUCCAGUUCCAGAAGGGCUCCCUGGACCACAAGCUGCAGCAGGUGAUCAGGGACAACCUCUACUUACGGACCAUCCCCUGCACCACAAGACAGCCCCGGGAAGGGGAGGUCCCUGGCGUGGAUUAUAACUUCAUAAGCGUCGGCGAGUUUCGUAUCCUGGAAGACAGUGGACUGCUCCUGGAGAGCGGCACCUACGAUGGCAACUACUACGGCACUCCCAAGCCCCCAGCAGAACCCAGCCCGGUGCAGCCUGACCUGGUGGACCAGGUUCUGUUCGAUGAAGAGUUCGACCCCGAGGCCCAGCGCAAGCGCACCACCUCUGUCAGCAAGAUGGAGCGGAAGGACAGCGCAGCCCCCGAGGAAGAGGAGGAGGAGGAGAGGCCAAUGGUCAAUGGGCUGACAGAGCACAAAGAUUCAGCCGAGUGGAAGAAGGCUGUGCCCAGCUACAACCAGUCGAGCAGCAGCAUGGAUUUCAGAGUGUGGAACAGCCUGCCCCGGGACGAUAACCAGGAGCCUCUGCCCAAGAACUGGGAGAUGGCCUACACUGAGACAGGCAUGGUGUACUUCAUCGAUCACAACACCAAAACCACCACGUGGCUGGAUCCUCGGCUGGCCAAGAAAGCCAAACCACCGGAGAAGUGCGAGGAUGGAGAGCUUCCGUAUGGCUGGGAAAAGAUAGAAGACCCGCAAUAUGGCACCUAUUACGUUGACCACAUUAACCAGAAGACCCAGUUCGAGAACCCGGUUCUGGAGGCCAAGAAGAAGCUCAGCCAGGAGGCUCCCGCUGUUCCCCAGCAGGGGGCAGCACCCUCAGCAGAAGAGCGAGCCCGGGGCUUCACCCGGGAUCCGCUGCAGCUGCAGGGCACCAUGAUCCGCACGGCGCUGAGGAAGAGCGGCCAGGGGUUCGGCUUCACCAUCAUCGGGGGCGACCGGCCGGACGAGUUCCUGCAGGUGAAGAACGUGCUGCGAGACGGGCCUGCUGCACAGGACAACAAGAUGGCCCCCGGGGACGUCAUUGUGGACAUAAACAGCACCUGUGUACUGGGGAAGACUCAUGCAGAUGUGGUGCAGAUGUUCCAGUCCAUCCCAGUGAACCAGUACGUGGACAUGGUGCUGUGCCGGGGCUACCCUCUGCCCGAGGACACCAGCAGCGAGCCCAGCGAUAGCGACAUCGUGACGGCGGUGCCCCUCAUCAACGGUCACCCGCUGCACGUGAAGGGCGAGGCCGCCCACGGCUCGCAGGAGCUGCACUUUGUCGCCGUGGACCCCGGCGGCCGGCAGGUGGUGCCCACCGUGCCCAACGGCCGCUUCCCUGACCUUCAGGACGCCACCCUGCUGCAGCCCGAGCUCGUAACCGUGCCGCUGGUCAAGGGCCCCGCCGGGUUCGGCUUCGCCAUCGCCGACUGCCCGCUGGGCCAGAAGGUGAAGAUGAUCCUGGAUGCCCAGUGGUGCCGGGGGCUCCUGAAGGGCGACGUCAUCAAGGAGAUCAACCGGCAGAACGUGCAGACGCUGAGCCACGCGCAGGUGGUGGACAUCCUGAAGGAGCUGCCGGUGGGCAGCGAGGUGGCCGUACUGGUCCUGAGGGGCGGUCAGACAUCUCCAGUGAAGUCUCUUAAACCUAAACCGGAGAUGGCGGCCAGCAGCGACACCCUGCAGGCUCAAGAGCAGCCGCCCCAACCCCUGCCCUUCCCUCCUAACGUGGUGCGUUCCAACUCUCCCAAACUGGACCCGUCGGAGCUCUACAUGAAGUCCAAGGCCAUCCUGGAGAGCAAGCCCCCCAACACGAAGGACCUGGAUGUGUGCAUCAAAAGGAACCAGGAAUCUGGCUUCGGAUUUCGAGUUUUGGGUGGAGAGGGUCCGGACCAGCCAGUGUACAUCGGUGCCAUUGUGCCCCUGGGAGCGGCGGAGAAGGAUGGGCGGCUGCGUGCCGGAGAUGAGCUCCUGUGUAUCGACGGGGUGCCAGUCAAAGGGAAAUCUCACAAACAGGUCCUGGAGCUGAUGACCAACGCGGCUCGAAAUGGACAAGUCGUGCUCACUGUGCGCAGAAAGGUGGUCUACAAAGAAGUGAGUGACGAGGAGGCUCUGCAGCCCCCGGGUGCACUGGCCAACGGCUCACCCAAGUUACCCCGCAUCGACGAGCCCAGCCAGCCAGACCACGACUCGUACGACAUCACCCUGCAGCGCCGAGACAACGAGGGCUUCGGGUUCGUCAUCCUCACCUCCAAGAACAAACCGCCGCCGGGAGUCAUCCCACACAAGAUUGGGCGCAUCAUCGAGGGGAGCCCCACGGACCGCAGUGGGAGGCUGAAGGUGGGAGACCGCAUAUCAGCGGUCAACGGCCAGUCCAUCAUGGAGCUCGCCCACAACGACAUUGUGCAGCUGAUCAAGGACGCUGGCAACACUGUGACUCUGACCGUCGUGCCGGAAGAUGAGCACAGUGGGCCUCCAUCGGGCAACAGCUCGGCGAAGCAGAGCCCAGCCCCACAGCACAGAGCCAUGGGACAGGUGCAGCCGGCACACCGAGAGGACAGAUAUAACCCCGAAAUGGACGAUAAGAGGGAUUCCCUCUCUGAUGCCAGGCUUUCCUGGGCAGACCACAAGAGCCUCCCCCAGAGCGAACAGGGGGUGCUGUGCACUACAGGAGCCAAACAGGGCUGCUUCAUGGUGGAGCUGGAGAGGGGCCUCCGAGGGUUCGGCUUCAGUCUGCGGGGAGGCAAGGAGUAUAACAUGGGCCUCUUCAUCCUGAGGCUGGCGGAGGACGGCCCCGCCCUGAAAGAUGGCCGGAUACAUGUGGGUGAUCAGAUUGUGGAAAUCAACGGCGAGCCGACCCAGGGUAUUACCCACACCCGGGCCAUUGAGCUGAUCCAGGCUGGGGGGAAUAAAGUGCUGCUGCUGCUGAGGCCAGGCCUGGGACUCGUCCCCGACCACAGUCAGAUGGAUAUACAGAACGUUUCACCCACAAGCUUUCAGAUAGACAGUUCAGCAGAAGAGCCACUCUCACCGGUGUCUCCAUCUUUCAACUCCAACUCCUCUACCAUCUCUGAGUCCUACCCUGCUGUGAGACAAGUGGAGCCCUAUGACCGGGACAGUGAUACCCCCAGCUACAGACAGGCUCACCUCCCAGCCAGUGGGACCAUCAUCUCCACAGAUAGUGACAGGCUGGGCCAGGACUCCACCAAAGACCAAGCCAGCAAGGCCAAAAUGCAGAAACGAGACCAAUCUGUCAGUCCUGGAACUCCACACAGAAAGCUGCACCCUGUGAUAGGCGAAUCGGAAGAUCCUCAUGAUGCCAUGCCUGCCAGCCCAAAGAAAGCUAGCAGGGCGAAGGCUGAUUGCAAAGACGGAUCACACAGCCCAAGGAAGGCCGAAGGAAGUUUCCCUCCAGAAAGCAAGGACAUAUCCGUCAGCGUGCAGAAUGCGGGAAGCAAGGACAAGAAGUCUCGACGGCAGAAAGACAGGCCGAGGUCAUCAAGUCCAGAGAAGUCUCCUAGGAAGGAACAGGAAGUGGUGAACAGAGAGCCACUGGUAAACAAGGGGGAACGUCGGAGGAGGAGCAGCCCAGCAAAGACGGAUAAACAGGAGAAGCCAGCGGGGAAUAAGGAGAGAAAACGCAGGGACGAAGAAGCUGAGCGAGAGACAAGCAGGAACGUGGUCGACGUGGCCAGGAACUCCAGUGAGCGCCACAGAAAGAGUGAAGAAGACACGCGGAAAGACCCCCACGCUCACAGAUCCUGCUCGAUCGCCAGCAGAGAAAAGACGCCGAAAGAAGUCGAGGACACAGGCCGGAGAGAAAGAGAGCCCAAGAGGAAAGGCGCAGAUGAGGACAGCAAAAAAGACGCAGGGAGUUCUGGUGCUGUUGCAGAGGGCCUCACCAAUGUAAACCUGAACAGUGGUAGAAAGGUUCCUAUUACACCAGGGCCUUGGAAAGUCCCCAGCUCGGAGAAAGUUGAGAGAUUCUCUGAAGCGAAGACUCAGUAACACUGAAGACAACAGAUUAGAGUUUCUUCACAGCAUCACUGCACAGCUGGGACAAAGGUUUUUUUUAUUUUUCAUUAAGUAUUUAAGGGAUCUGUAUCCAUUUUGAAUAGUUUUUCUUCCUUUAUUAACAUAGCAUAAUGUGUUAGCAUUUUGUCUUCUGUGUUUGUUGGAGCCUUUGAGUUUAAUGAAAUCGAGGCUACAUUCAGAUCUGUGAAACCCUGUCUAGCCAACAGUGAGAAUCCCUUCAUUGUCAACAAGGGAUUUCUGUAGAUGCUCAUGGCUGCCUUUGUUCAGAAGUUUCAUAUGCAAUGAAGGAGAAAGACAUGUAUAUCUGUCAUACAUAUAUAUCCACCAAAUGAAGGAUGAUGUCGUAACUGUUGUGAAGAUCUACUAACCUACAAACGGACAUACACCAAUGGAUUGCAAGAUGCUCUUCACAAAAGGAUUUGUUUUGCUGCAUGUAUUUAAUAUGCUUUGUUUCUGUGUACCUUUGACACCCUGAGGGUUCCAUCCAGUGUGUCUAAAAUUCACAAUCAGAGGCUGUAGAUUGAAUGUUUAUCCAUUGUGCACAAAUCCAAACCGAAUAUACUAACUCAUCUUUCAGCUUCCCAGCUAAAUCAAGAAAAUGAUUUCACUCCAUAAUUGUGAUGUCUCUUUAAAGGACCAGAAACUUGUGGUUAAUUAUAUUGUUUACUAUGUAUAUGAUUAAGCAUAUCUAACGUAUUGAAAAAAUAUACAUAUGUAUUCUUACUGAGCCAUUCUGCUGUAUGUAGUGUUCCAACAGCCACUAUUCUACCUGUUAAUGGUGUUUGCUGUAACAGACUUAGUUCCUCUGACAAAUGUGUGUACAACAAGCAAACUUUUUUUUAAGAAAUAUUGGUAGCUUGGAUUGUAUUUUAUGAAAUGUUUGUAUCAUUAAGCAAUUAAUUUCUUAAGCUACAUUUGGGUAAAAAUGGAGUUUGGCUCACCAGUGCAUGACUGAUAUUUAGAGGUGCAGGUUGACAUGAAUUGAACUACUUAAUUACACUCAACUCCUCAUGGAAUUUAUACUUCCAAAGGUUUUUCAGAUUUACAAGUCUGCUAAAAUAGGGACUGUGCCACCCUUGAAGGCACCUGGUAUGCUAUCUGUAUAUCUUUAGCCAGUGUUGCUAGUUUAUCAUAGGUAGCAUGUACAAAUCAGGUCAUAUCGCCCAAAUGAAACUUGGAAACCCUGAAAUAGCCACCAGUUUAAGUGAAUAUUUAAUUUGAAAUAAUUUCGGGUUAUUUUUCAAGUACUGCGUUAGUGUGCUGAACCGUUUGUUAAAUUACCUACAAUCAAUCAACUUUAAGAAACAAAUGUUAUUUAAACUUCUAAAAUGACUUCAGUAAAAAGCCAGCUACUUAGCUUUCUAGAAGUGCAUGACUUCAGACGUUUGGAAGUAGCAGAAAGGAAUGUCCACUUGGCUUAGGGCAUCUGAUGAUUUCUGUCCGGCCUCCCUGUCCUCUGUACCCAGGUGUCUUUGUUUCUCUGGUGCCAGCUUGCCCUGACUCUAACCCACAUCAUCAACCCCAAACCUACACCUAACCUCUGCCCUUUAGAAUCCUCUCAUGUUUUGAAGGAGGUUCCUAGUGGAUAUUCUUUUAUGCUGAGUUCUGCAGUCCUGAGUGGAGUGAUACCUCUUUGGGACAAUCCUGAGAAAUGUCACCUUGAUGUCUCUUGCUCUGGUAUUAGAUAUCCCUUUUCCCCUAAUUCUCCAUUGCCCAUAUCAGUGUCUGCAUAUAAUAAUGUGGCCUUGCAUUGCUUGAACAAAGAAGACUUUUGGUCUCUACAUUAUGUGGUAGUUGUAAAUGUUUAUAUAUUGUACAGCACCUUUAUAAAUACUUCCAGAGUUCUCAUUCAGAAAAAAAUAAAGAUCUGUAAAUCGCUCCAUUAUUUUUUUAAGUGAUUAAAAGAAAAUGAUUUAAAGUGGGGGGAAAAAAGGAAAUUUAUCUUAUCUUCUGGUCAUGGCAUUCUGUUCAUGCACUGUAAAAAUAAAGUUUUACUUAAAAUA